AUGGCUGACAAUCAGAACCUCGUUCGAGACUUCUCUACCAUGGCCAUUGACUGGCCAGGAGUUCCUGCCCCCGAUAUCCCCGAGCCUCUACCAGCAGAUCUGGCCAAGGAGAUUAGCCCUGGUUCGGGCAAGGCCCAACCAGCUGAGACUGAGCCUUCCGACAAGUUAAUUCAACAACACUUGAAGGCGGCCGAGGAUAAAUUUCGGGAGAGUGAAACCCUGGCUCACCGUAUUGAGAACCAGGAGUUGUGGGCACAUUUGCCCAACCUUACUAUGGAUUGGAGCUUGCGCGGCCGAUGGGUUGUCCGUGCCGUGGAAAUGGAUGGCUAUCCCAAUCCGAUGGCCAGAGGGCCACAUUUAAGAAGGAAAUUGGGUAACAAGACUACCAUCGCGCUUGAUAAUUCCUUGGCCUCUCGGCCACAAACACCUGGCAAGCGACGCAUGGUGUCGCUUUAUACGACACCACCAUCCACUCCUCCCAAGCCCAAGAAGCAGAAAAUGUCACCAUCAGGCUUCAAUUCAACUCCAAUCCCACUCCAACUCUCAUAA